CAUGCGCGGAGUUCUGAAGCCCCGUCUCGAGUGAAUCGGUCCAUGGCCUAGGGGUCCGAAAUCCACUGGUGGAGUACUGCCUUAGCGCGACAGUGCCAGGCAGAGUCAACCGCCAGUCUUCCGCUCGUGGCGAUACAUUCCCGCAAACCGUUGCGGUACUUCGCCCCGAGUUUGUUUGAGCAUCAGUGUAUUCAAGAUCAUUCAUGGAUAGCAAGACUAGUCCAAGUCGAGUGGUGGAUCUCAAUAAUCCUCGUUCUCGAAAUCAUAAUCCGCCUCCCACGCAUCUCCAGAAUUCACGAUCGGAGAUAAGUAUGGGCUCUGCCAACGGCCCGGUUCUUCGAUUCGGGGGCGGGGUUGAUGAGUCGGGGGGAACGAAGCUUCAAUGUGUAUUGAGAUCAGACAGAGCCCACGUACUUUUGGGUGAAGAAAUCCCACUUUUCACGACCCUUUUGGAACACAGAUUUCGUGCGCUGAGUAAUCGUGAGCAAGGACGGAAACAACGCAGAACGGAUCCUCACGUACUUUGCUAGCAGACCACUCGCCCCGGGGUAUACGCUCAGACGACGAAGCCGACUUGGAGCCCCCAAGGGACUGACCAGAGAGUGACUCGUCCGAUAUGGCCGAGGAGGCAACGCGAAGCAUGCGAGCCGCGGCGCGGGUGGGCGUGGAGAGGAGGAUGCUCGGCAUAGCUGAACUGGUCUGUUGAGCCUCAAGAAACUAGAACGUCCUUUAUAUAUGCUUCCUGGGCCCCAUCGAAUCCGGGGUAGACGAUGAAUUGUUCUUUCGAGCGACGGCUUCGAUACAUUGUCUGCUCAUGCUCACACUGCGGGGGGACUUAUUUUUUUUCUGUGGAAAAUGCGUGACAAUCUAGAAGUCCGAUUUUCACUGUUCUGUUUUCAGACAAAAAAUAUAUAUUGAAAAUAGACAUUGAUUUACAGCUCGAUUUUUACCACGAAUAGACAUCUAUUCC